AUGCAAGAAAUCGUUGUUUUCUCUGCUCUCUUAUCUGGAAUAAAUUUCACGUGGUAUAAUGAACCGAAAAAAUGGUCCAUUAAUCAAACUAAUAUAAAUGUUCAUACCGACGGGAAUACUGACUUUUGGCGCAAAACACACUAUGGUUUUGAGCGUGACAAUGGUCAUUUUUACUAUCAAUCACUGCAUGGAGAUAAAUCGUUUACAGUUGCCGUUAAUAUACGAGGAAAAUAUAACACACUCUAUGAUCAAGGUGGUUUAAUGCUACGUACUGAUGAGAACAAUUGGAUUAAAUGUGGAGUGGAAUACGUUGAUGGUCAACAAUUUGCUAGUGUCGUAGUGACGGUCAAUGGAUGGUCGGAUUGGAGUGUAGUUUCGAUCAAGGCACCUGAAGUUUUAAAGUUACGAGCCAAAAGAGAAAAAGAAGCCGUACAUAUUGACUUUGCUGAGGGUGAAGAUGGAGAUUUUAAAAUGAUGAGAUUGGCUUAUUUACCAGUGACAGACAGAUCACGAGCAAUGAUGGUUGGAAUUAUGUGUGCAUCUCCCAAUAAUGCUACACAAGGAUUUGAUAUUAGUUUUGAACAUUUAAAUAUUGCGGUCGAUCCGAAUACAAAUGGAAGCGAACGUGUCCGUUGUUGCUAUAUGUUUUUUUAUUUACUCAUUUCAUUCUUACUUUCAUUCUAUUACAAAAACUCACUGUUUACAAUAGAGACAUGUGACAUAUGA